AUGUUGUCAUCUUUCUCAAAGAAACUGCUCGGACCAUCACCGGUCAAGGGUAAUGCAUACAGCGCCUACCUCUUUGGACAGUGGCGUUUCAUGUCGUCGGUGGCAUCAUUCGACAAGAUCACACCAAUCACCAAGGUGCUCAUUGCUAACCGUGGUGAGAUCGCCUGUCGUGUGAUGCGCACUGCCAAGAAGCGUGGAGUCAAGACUGUGGCCGUGUACAGUGAGGCCGACAAGAACUCAAUGCACGUGUCCAUGGCCGAUGAGGCAUACCUCAUUGGUCCAGCACCCGCCAAGGACUCAUACCUGCGCGCUGACAAGAUCAUGGAGAUCGCCAAGCGCAGCGGUGCCCAGGCCAUCCAUCCAGGCUACGGUUUCCUGUCGGAGAACUCUGACUUUGCCGACCUGUGUGAGCGCGAGGGCAUCAUCUUCAUUGGUCCACCAUCAUCGGCCAUCAUUGCCAUGGGCUCCAAGAGUGCCUCCAAGGACAUCAUGAUCAAGGCCAACGUCCCAACCAUCCCAGGUUAUCACGGUGAGGACCAAGCAUACGAGACACUCCGCUCAGAGGCUGCAAAGAUUGGUUACCCAGUAUUGAUCAAGGCAGUCAUGGGAGGAGGUGGAAAGGGUAUGAGAAUCGUAGAGAAGGAGGAGGACUUGGAGGAUGGAAUCAAUUCAUCAAAGAGAGAGUCUAUUGCCUCUUUUGGCGAUGACCGAGUGCUCGUCGAGAAGUACUUGAUUCACCCUCGUCACGUCGAGAUCCAGGUCUUUGCCGAUCGUCAUGGCAACUGUGUGCAUCUUUUUGAGCGUGAUUGCUCGGUGCAGCGUCGUCAUCAAAAGAUUAUUGAGGAGGCUCCCGCUCCACAUCUCUCACCAGAGCUGCGUAAGCGCAUGGGUGACGCUGCCGUUGCCGCCGCCAAGGCUGUAGGCUACGUCGGUGCUGGAACAGUCGAGUUCAUUCUGUCUCAAGACGGCACCUUCUUCUUCAUGGAGAUGAACACACGUCUCCAAGUGGAGCAUCCCAUCACAGAGAUGAUCACCAAGCAGGAUCUGGUCGAGUGGCAACUCAAGGUGGCCGAGUCACAGCGUCUGCCAUUGGAGCAGUCUCAGUUGGCCAUCCACGGUCACGCCUUUGAGGCCCGUAUCUAUGCAGAGAACCCCGAUCACGACUUUAUGCCCGGCACUGGUAAGCUCGUCCAUCUUUCGACUCCAGAGCCCUCCAGCACACUGCGUGUUGAGACUGGAGUUCGUCAAGGUGACGAAGUCACUGUCUACUACGAUCCAAUGAUUGCAAAGUUGGUCGUAUGGGACACCAACAGAGAGAAGGCAUUGAGAUACCUCAGAAAUGCUUUGGACGAGUAUCAUAUCGUAGGACUUAACACCAAUAUAUCAUUCUUGAAGCGUCUGUCAUCGCAUCCAGAGUUCCAGGCUGGAAAUGUCGAGACUGGAUUCAUCCCAAUGCACAGGGAGUCACUGAUGGCUCCACAGAAGCAGAUUUCAAACGAUACUGUUUGUCUGGCAGUGUUGUCAAUGCUGUUGAAUGAGGGCAAGCGCCAGACAUUGGCCGCCCAGCAGAUGGCCUCGCCAUGGUCCACCAGCGGCGCAUUCAGAGUCAACACGCUCUCUGAGCGUGUCAUCAACUUCACGAUCAACCAGAAGAAGUGGAGUGUCACAGUGACCUACAACCGCAACGGAUCGUUCUCGAUGCGUCUGCCCACUGGCGAGUCGGUGCAGUGCAACGGCAGCCUGCUGAACGACAACGGCUUGAUGCGUGCCUUUAUAGGCGAUCGUCACUUCCCCGAGGUGCGCGCCGUGCGCUCCAAGAACUCGAUCUUCAUCUUUGACGACAGCGCACAAAGCUACGAGAUUGAGCUGCCCAUCGAUGUGGCAGUCAAGGGUGGAGACGGUGGCUCAGGCUCACUGCUUUCGCCAAUGCCCGGCAAGAUCACCAAGAUCAUGGUGAAUGUUGGCGACAAGGUCAAGAAGGGUCAACCAAUCAUCCUGAUGGAGGCCAUGAAGAUGGAGCACACCAUACGCAGUCCAAUCGAUGGCAAGGUAGAGUCGCUUCCCUUUAACGUCAAUGAGAUAGUAGAGGACAAGAAGGUUCUGGCAGUCAUUGUUUAG